GUGCGAAAUUGAAGUCUAAAUUUAUGAGAUCAUUGUUUAAAGGUUAUAAAUUAUGUAAAUACAUUAAUAAAUUCAAAGCUUCAUUCAACACUACAACACAAUACAGAAAAUAAAAGCUGUGAUUAAUACAUACCUCCCUUCCCAUGCACCCUUUGCUCACAGUCUGAGAUGCUCUUUUAUACUCAGUAAAUUCUGUGGUACAUCUCUCAGCCAUCUGCCACCCCUCCUAGGCCUGGGUGCAUAGUGCCAGGUCGGGUACCACGUGACCACGAUCCCUCUUCUGCCCCGCCCCCACCAGCCACUGGACUGUUAUGGCACCUGACACAGGCACCCCAUCUAUAAGGUGGCUGGCAAUCUAAGAUCAGGGCAGCCCACCUCAAAAAGAUAAAUAUGACCAGCUGAAUUUCCUUUUAGGGAUUUCAAUUAGGAGCCACAAAAGGAGACUGCUGAUGAGAAGUUGAGAGGCCCUAAAGUACUGGUGCUCCAUCCUCCCCAGCCUCCACCCCACCCCACAAUGCCCCCCAAUAUCACAAACAGUUCCCAAUCUACUCCAUCAUAAAUAUCUGGAGGGGUCGGCGCUGUGAGGUAGUGGGUAAAGCUGCUGCCUGCAGUGCUGGCAUCCCAUAUGGACGCCGGUUCGAGUCCUGGCUACUCCACUUCCCAUCCAGCUCUCUGCUAUGGCCUAGGAAAGCAGUAGAAGAUGGCCCAAGUCCUUGGGCUCCCGCACCCACGUGGGAGACCCAGAAAAAGCUCCCGGCUUCGGAUCAGUGGCAGCUCCAGCCAUUAUGGCCAUCUGGGGAGUGAACCAAUGGAUGGAAGACCUCUCUCUCUGCCUCUCCUUCUCUCUCUGUGUAACUCUUUCAAGCAAAUAAUAAAUAAAUCUUUAAAAAAAAUAAAUAAAAUAAAUAUCUGGAACUAGCGCUGGAGAUACUUUUAAUGUUUCUUUCAAAUACCAAAUUUAACAGAGAUGCAACCUGACAGGAACUGUGGUAAAGGGUUAGACAUUAUUCAGGCCUCGAGUGGGGGGCGCAUGAUGCCUUUCUUCUGAAGUCCCACCCAUGUGUCAGCAUCAGGUAGCUUCUAGGGCCCUCCCGCGGCUCUGUAACUUUCCCACACUAAGCUGCAGGCACAGGGAAGGAAACUUCCGGCGGACCGGCGGCCGCUCCCGGGCCCUGGUCGCGCCCGGCCAAGCCGCAGGCUUUAUCGAUUGCUUCUGCCUGGGCAGCUCUGAUCCACUACUUCUGUCUGGCCCGGGACGCGGGAAGUUUCAAUCUCCUCAGGCUGCGGUAGUGAUCGCCUCAGUCCCUGCCACCCUGUCCGACCUCCUCCUCCUCCUCCUCUCCUCUUCUCUUUACACUCCUGACUCCGGGAGAUUCCCCGAGUGGAAGCGGAGAAGCUCAAGUCGCCGCCAUGUCCGAAGCAUACUUCCCCGUGGAGUCGGGGGCGCUGGGGGCCGAGGAGAACUUUCUGUCCCUGGACGACAUCCUGAUGUCCCACGAGAAGCUUCCGGUGCGCACAGAGAUCCCCAUGCCUCGCCUCGGCGUUUUCUUCCAGGACCGGAGCACGGGCGCCGAGAGCGACCACGCCAUCCCACAGGGCUCAAAGCUUGAGCUGCCCCUGUGGCUGGCAAAGGGGCUCUUUGACAACAAGCGGCGGGUCCUUUCUGCAGAGCUUCCCAAGCUCUACCAGCAGGGCUGGAGGACAGUGUUCAGCGCCGAUGCCAACGUGGUGGACCUGCACAAAAUGGGCCCGCAUUUCUAUGGCUUUGGUUCCCAGCUCCUGCACUUUGACAGCCCAGAGAAUGCAGAUAUCUCCCAGUGUCUGCUACAGACAUUCAUUGGACGCUUUCGCCGCAUCAUGGACUCCUCCCAGAAUGCUUACAACGAAGACACUUCAACCCUGGUAGCCAGGCUAGAUGAGUUGGAGAGGGGCUUAUUUCAGACGGGGCAGAAAGGACUGAAUGACUUCCAGUGUUGGGAGAAGGGGCAGGCUUCUCAAAUCACGGCUUCUAGCCUUGUUCAGAAUUAUAAGAAGAGAAAAUUCACCGACAUGGAGAGCUGAAGGCCAGAAGGACAGAGUCGCUCCUUGGAGGCACAGCCCCUGCUUCCUGCGGUAUGUUCUUGGAAAGAGCUGGUUGACCUUGUACAGGAGCAGAAUUGGGUCCCAUCUCACGGGCUUGCUUCCUGCAGCAGUCUAAGGUGGGGCCUGCUAGACGAGGUACUUGGCCCUUAAGUCUCUGGAUGCUCCCACUCUGCUCACCCAAGAAGCUGCAGCUAAGGAGAAUCAGUCUUCCUUGAACAGGUCAUGGACAUACCUCACAGCCAAGUUGGAACUGGAUGCCUUGUGCCUGGGAAUUUGGACAGCCUCAUUUGUCCGGCUUCACCAGCUACAGAGAGCAGAUGCGAACUGGGCCAUCUCUGGAGCCUGUCUGCCUCCUCUUAUGGUUGCACAGGGGACAGCAUCCCCACAAUGCUGGUCCAACUUGUAAAUACCUUCUGCCGCCCGCCCGCGGGGAAUGACCCCAAUUUCCGUAAGGCAAAAGCCGAUGAAUAGCGUGGCUUUCACCAAAGACAGCAGGUAGCUUUGGUCCUGUGCAACCAGGGAUUCAGAAAUUGGAAUUCACACAACUCUGCACUCAGCCUGGAGGAGCUGUGGUUCAGCUGAGCUCGCUUUUGUCUCUGACAUCGUCGGAGCACCCGCACAUUUAGUCCGUUCUCUGUCGAGAAAGGCUGUCAGGGAGCCGCUUGCAGUUGCAAAGUAGUCAUUAAAGGGUGUUAACCAGCCCUCUUCACAUCUGCAAACCAAGACGUGAGGGCUGCCGGCUGGGAAGAGCCCUGCUGGAGACACUUAGCGUGGCAGGUGUAAGUGGGCCAGAGCCUUGCUGCUUUUCUGCUCCUCAGUAGACUUGGCAGCAUUAUUGCAUAGAGGAUCCCUGGCCUGUCACUGGGGCUGUGUGGAAGCCAGCGCCAGCCAGCGCCAAACUCUUCCCUUUGUUGUUGAAAAUUGUAGUGGGAUUUAGGACUCCAGAUUGUGCAGAUGUCUUGAUGCCAACUUAGAAUGACAUACAUGCUUUUAAAGUGCUGUUUUAAAGUUGGAAUUGGUGUUUUUAUAAUUUGAUUUUAGUGUUAAAUAAACGAUGGGCUUUGCCUUGAAGACAUUCUGCCCAAGUGCUAUUUCUGUGACGCUGCCGCUGCAAGUUAUCACAGGGCUGUCGGAAUGUUGUCUUUGACCGUGUUUGACACGAGUGCCCAAAUAAACUUGUGUUUCAGUGA